GCCAGCCGCGCUCUGCGCUGGGCCCGCCCCGCGCACGUGUCGCCGUGUGCUAGGUGGCGGCUGCGGAAAAGGUUUACAACGGUGGCAGCGCUCAUGGCAGGUCCCCUGUGGCGGGCCGCAGCGUUUGUGCAGAGACACAGGACAGGACUGGUGGUGGGUUCCUGUGCAGGCCUAUUUGGGGCCCAGAUCUCAUACCACGUCCUCCCAAAUCCUGUGAUCCAAUGGCUAUACCAGUACUGGCCUCAGGGCCAGCCAGCCCCACUCUCCCCAGAGCUGCAGAGGCUCUUCCAAGAAGUGCUACAGGACAUUGGUGUCCCCGCAGGCCAUAGCUAUGAGGCUUUCACCACCUUCACCUUCCAGCCUGUGAGUGCUGGCUUCCCGACACUCCCCGCCGGGGCGGUAGUGGGCAUCCCAGCCAGCUUCCUGGGUGGCUCAUUGACCAACACUGAUCAUCCAGUGGUUGUACAUGGGCAAAGAGUGAACUGGCAGAGCCCAGCAGGUGCCCGGCUGAGAGAUGCCCUGACCCUGUCCCGCGACGCCCAGAAGUUUGCCUUGGCCAAGGAAGUGGUGUACCUGGAGAGCAGUGCAGCCGCCCUACAGGCUCUGCCGGCCCCAGCUUGCCUGGCAGGAACGUGGGCACUGGGCGUGGGUGCCAAGCAUGCACUGGGGCUCUAUGGGGGCCCCAUGAACAUACGGGCUGCCUUCAACCUGGUGGCAGCGGUGGUGGGCUUUGUGGCCUAUGCCUUCUCCACAGACUCUCUCACUCAUGCCCUGGAAGCCUGGCUGGACCGCCGCACGGCCUCCCUGUCUGCAGCCUAUGCCCGGGGUGGAGUGGAGUUCUAUGAGAAGGUUUUAUCCGGCAACGUAGCCCUGCGCAGCCUCUUGGGCCCACACGGAGCGAAGCUGUAUACGCCUAGUGGGAACAUCGUUCCCAGACACUGGUUCCGCAUCAAACAUUUACCCUUCACGACCCGCCGGGAUUCUGUGCUGCAGAUGUGGAGGGCCACGCUCAACUCGGGCCGCUCCUGAGGGACUCAUCACAAGGACAGAUGCGGCUCCUGCAGGCACCACCCUGCCGUUGACUCUAGGGGCUCUCUUGGUGCCUCUGGACCCACAGCCCAUUUUCAGAUAAAUCAGACUUUGGAAUUAAACAGCCUAGGUUCUA